AUGCCUCCAAAACAGACACCAUAUCAAUUCAAAAAAGGUCUUACUUAUGUUAAACCGCUUCCAAGUUUCUUACAAGCAUUAACCGGUAUAAAUAAUGAAGAACCUUCAGACGAUGAGCUUAAUGCGACAAGGGAAGAAGAAAGGCCUCAAAUUGUAGUUUUAAAAGAAGGAAAACAUAUGAGCGAACAAGAAGUCAAAGUGUAUCUGGACUCUAAGGCGAAAUCUAAAGAUUCUUCUUCGGAGGAUGAUAAGGAAAGUGAUGCCGAAGAUGAUACUCCAAUUAUAGAUGAGAAAACGGGAAAACUCCUUUUUCGUAAACCAAAAGCAAAAAAAGUGUCUAAAACAAGUAAAUCAGAAACGAUCGUUGGAUCUCAUUCUAAGGCAAAAAAUGAAUCGAAUAUGUCUAUAAAAUCAAUUAAUGAAGCCAUUGAUGGUAUGAAACGUAAGCGAGGUGAUAGUAAGAAUGAUACAGAAAAAGAUACUAAUCUAGAAAAGAAAGCUAAAACGACAAAAAAGAAAUCGCAAAAAGUACAAGCCCAUUUGAGUUUUAACAAUGAUGAAAUAUAA